AUGGAAUCUGCACAGGCCUCGCCAGGCUCACUGAGCUGGCGCUUGAGCUCGCAUCCCAUUACCCUUCUCACCUUCCUUGCCUUUCGAGUGUCAAGUUUACUAGUCUAUCUCCUCGGCGCCCUUCUCUUCACAGAUAACAUGGUCAUGAUCUUUAUCGUCACCAUUCUUCUACUCGCCGCAGACUUCUACUACCUCAAGAAUAUCGCCGGGCGACGACUGGUCGGGCUGCGAUGGUGGAACGAAGUCGACCCGGCGACUGGCGACUCCAAAUGGGUAUUUGAGAGCAGCGAGCCUGGCACCAAAACCAUCAAUCCCACAGACAGCCGGUUCUUCUGGCUUGCAAACUACGUGCAGCCGCUGUUAUGGGUGGGCUUGGCUAUUCUGGCGCUCAUAAGGCUGCGCAUUACAUGGCUACCUCUUGUUGCGAUUGCACUGGUAUUGACCAUCACCAAUGCCUUGGCUUUCUCUCGAUGCGACAAGUUCAGCCAGGCUUCCGACCUAGCGGGCAGCGCGUUCUCCUCGACUAACCUGGCCGGCAACAUCGCCAGUAACAUGGUUGGGCGUUUCUUCACAAGAAACUAG